AUGAAUACUAACCUAAACUGGUCAAUUGAACAUUAUGAAGAAAAUGUUAAUGAAUGCAAUUCAAUAUUGAACUCUUUAGAAAAUUAUAAUGGCAUUCCUUGCAUCAAUUACUUACCUUUACAAAGUUUUGGAGAUGGUACUUUGGUUAGGUAUAGAGGAAUGAUACAAGAUAUGCUGAAUCCGGAAUUUUAUGCUCCAACUUAUUCCAUUUUAAAUACUCAAGACAAUAAAACUUAUCAAAGAUCAGGAAAAUUUAGAGAUAUUCCAUCUUGCAAAGCUAAUGAAGAAUUUAAAAAUGAUGAAUCGGAAGUUUUGCCUAAAGAAAGACAAGUAUUAUUUUGUAUUCCUGUACCUGGAAGCAAUGAGUGGGUCGAAAAAUGUGAUAAGUAUUUAAAACAAAAAUGUACCAAUCAACAUUUACCUAUCGAGCAAAAGUCAUUAAAACAAAAAAGAGAAGCAGAAAACAGUGAUGAUGAAAUGGAAGUUGAUCCUGAUAAUACAGAAACUACAACAUCACCUGCAGCAAUGAAAAAAAUUAAAACCGCUGAAAAUUUGAAUGAAUCGAAUUCUCAAAAUAGCACACAUAAUCUGACAAAAUAUUUCCCUUUUCAAAUUCAAGAAGGGACACCAUGUUUGAUAAAAGUUUACGAUGAACCAGAUAAAACAAAUUUUAUUUUAAAUGAUGUUAUAGAAGUUGUGGGAUUUUUAAGUUUAAAUCCAAUGCUUGAAGCUAACUGGGAAGACACUGAUGCUGAAGACAAGGCAAUUCAUCCUCCACCAUCGUUAGUUCCCAGAAUCCACGCCAUAUUUGUUAAAAAACAAUCACACUGUAAUCCUCUAGUUGAUAAAAUGAAUCCUGGUGAAAACUUCAAUGAGUUAAUUAAUAGUGCAAGAAGUGAUUUGCAUUUAAUAUUCACACAACUUUUAUUCGAAGAUUCUGUCGCUGCUGAUUAUUUAUUAUGUCAUUUGAUAUCGAGAGUUUAUGUUAGAAAUGAAGGGCAAGUAAUUGGAAAAUUUAGUCUUAAUUUACACAAUAUAAAAAUUAAAAACUUUGCAUCUUAUUUAAAUGAAAUAAUAAAAUUGAUUGUGACAAACAGUCAUUACAUUCCUUUAACAAUUCAGUUGUUAAAUGAAUCUUGUUUUACACCCAAAAAAGACUACGAAUCGAACAGAUUAUGGAGUGGAAUUUUACAAUUGGCCGACGGCACACAUUUAAUAAUAAACGAAACGAGUAUGGAUGAAGGACAACUUAACAAUCAGGGAUGUCUUAAUGUGAUGGCUCUUCAAAAAUUAUUUCGUCAGCAAGAAAUCCAAUAUGAUUUCGGGUACUAUUCGGUUGAUUACAAUGCAAAUCUUCCGUUACUCGUUUUGUCCGAAGGGAAAUCCAUGUUUGACGUCGACAUAAAAUUAAAAGUUAAAACGGAUUUUAUCGAAGAAGAAACAAUGAAGGAAUCGUACGAAGGUGUGCGGGCAUACCUAAAUGAAAAAAUAUCGGAUAAAUUAAGAAUUUAUUUAACACGGGUUAAGCUUAUGGAUUUCGAAUUGGGAGAAGAUAUGGUUAAAAAAAUCGGACAAGAUUACGUGUCAAUGAGACAGAAAAACGAAAAAGUUAAUUCUUCCGACUUACACACGUUGCUUGUCCUAUCGAGAUUAUUGGCUUUAAGUCAUGGGAGAACGACACUGACAACCGAUGACUGGUCAAGAGCAGUUGAAAUGGAAUCAGAAAGAAAACUAAGAACAAGUUGA